UUGUUUUUUUUCUGUUCAGAAUGAAGUAACAUCAUCAGUCCCAAAAGUUUUUUAACUUUGAAAAUUUUUCAGAAUCAUCAUGGUAAAUCAUCAUGGUGAAUUGGGAUUCGUAAGGGUUGAGUUUGAUUGGCUUAGUACAACCUUGGCCUGACUUUCGAAGUUGACAGCAAAUAAAACUGGAUUAUGUUGCUUGAAAUAUUCCGUUUUUCAUCUUCUUGAAUAGAAUUUGAUAAGAAGAUUUGACGAUUUGACAAAAUAUACAUGAAAAUCUUUCGAGUGACACUUUUCGAAUAGGAUUGGCCUUCCAAUGUGAAGAAAAACAAGUGGAUUUGUUAGAGGAAGAACAGAACGAAUCAGUUUGUGUAAAUAAUCAUAUUGUACAUCGUCGCGACUUGAAAAUGCAGUAAUUGAUUUCUGUGCCAUUUGACGAAAACAAUUGGCUUAUCGGAUUUUACUAAUCCUCCAGUCUGAGGAGUUGACAGUUCAUAUCGGCACAAAUCAAGUUGGUUCGAUUUAGUUUUUUCUCUUCGUGAGAGCUUUCGUUGUUGAUAAUCAAAGUUGCAUUUGAAAGGAUCAAGCUACUGUUCGAAUUGACUAUUUGAAUUUUUGCUUGUGGAUUUUCGUUACUCCUCAAUUGCUGAGGAGUUGAACUUUAUGCAGGUCAGCAAGUGAUAAGUUUGCAAUUGGAUUUUCAUUUCGUUUUCUCUUCAAGGAGAAGUGGACCUUUCGUAACUAUCACUGAAAAUGUUCUGAAGAGGAAAAAAUAGCAUUUUCCAGCUUGACCUCUGACCUCUCUGAAUAUUCAUGAAGCCUAGCAUGUUUACCGGUGACAAAGAUUUCUCCGCAAUUUAUGAGACUUUCGAGGUGUUGUGGAUGCGCAAAUCUAUGGAAAUGCCGGGAAUACGCAAAAACGGAUAUGAGGAAUUACGCCAUCGGUUCAAGGCGUUCGUUGAUAUGAUGAUGGAUGAACCUAAAGCGCCACCUUUUAGGGUGACAAUAAGGAUUAUCAUGGGAAAGGAUGCAAAUACGGACCAAUUGGAGGUAACUGAGACAGGUCAUGGGGUCAAAGUACAAGCGGAUGUGCCCCAUCUGGUCAGCCUUGGCGGUGGACGGCUAAGUACAGCGGUCACGAUUCUUCCUCUGAAGCCAGGUCGGACGACGCUCGGUACAGGCACAGCCCCACGCCAUCAGGAUAUUAUCAUUCAGGGUACGGGAGUGGAGCCUCAACACUGCUUCUUCGAGAACAUCCAUGAUCUCGUCACGUUAUAUCCCAUAAGCAAUGCCUGUUAUAUAGAUGGCGUAUUGUGUACUGCUGCCACUCGCAUCUCUCAAGGUUCGAUGAUUUGUCUCGGUCGUUCGAACUAUUUCCGCUUCAACAAUCCUACGGAAGCUCAGAAGUUAAAAGAUGCCUUACCCUCACAGCACACGCCGUCUACAUCAUACUACCCUAGCCAACUCAGUGCAAACCAGCCACCUUACCUCAGUAUGCAAAACCAGACUGGUCAGGUGACCAACCACAGCCAAUCAGAGCAGCCCAUUCAGGAUCACGUGACCUAUCGUCAUAACGAUGGAACGACAAGAACACAGGAAGCUGAAGUCUGGAGGGACAGUUUAGAAAACGUCGACUUUGGGAAUAAGAUUUCACGUUUUGAACAAUGGAUGCAGGAGGAUGAGGUGGGGAAGAAACCGCACGUGAAACAAAACGGUUCAGCCGUUCAUCCUUAUAAACCGGACCCGCCCCCUCGUGGACAGUUUAGUUUACAAAAACCGACCGUCGGUAACCAACCUCGGGUGCAGUUCGCACAGGAGACAAGUAACCAAUCUCGAGUGCAGUUCGCUCACGAGACGGAAUAUUCUGAAGGUGUUGUGAGCCCGGUGCAGAUGCGUCCCUCACAAAGCAUAGAGAGCGCUAGUAGCAGUUCCACGGAGGGUCAUGUAAGCCGGGAAUUGGAGUCUCCAAAACGGGGAAGUCCGACUGUCGAUUUAUCAAGACAUUAUGGAGAGAAAGUCUUCACCAAAAAUACUUCGGUCCAGCGGGUCACUAUUCCAGGUCUUCAGCCAAAAACGAAAUCAACCUCAUCGGAUGAUUCACCGCUGACAUCACCUGGGCACGAGAAUGUCGGCGGUAUUCCUAAAUUCAGCGACGUGGAUAUCAGUAGAAUCGGUGCAACCUCGCCCACAGGUGAUGCAGUCUUCAGGGUACCAGGUCACACGAGUUCCAAAUCUGUAUAUAGUAACAUACGCCCUCUUGUGGUGGACAGUUCUUCCAGUGGUAGUUCGCCAGACAAUCAUGUUCAAGGUCACGGUGAUUCGAGUAGUUUAAGUUUGACAUCUUCCAAUUCUAAGUCUAGUCAUUUAACGAAUGAAACUUUUAAUUCUGACCUUGGGUCGCCCCAGGGUCAAGGUCGUACACCCUCAUCACCAAAGUAUGAUAAUUUGACUGAUUUUGAAAUUCCUGACCAUGUUGAUAUCGGGGGCCAAAUGCAACUUUCACCUCGGCAACCGGCGUCGCCACGACAAGAUACUCCAUGGGUACCGAACGUGCCUCCGUUGUCACCAAGGGGACCAGCAGUGCCGCCAAAACCUUCCCCGGUACAAAAGUUAUUUCAUAAACAACCUGUGUCGCCACCUAACAGGAAGCCAUGGCAACCAGAUCCGUCGUCACCCAAUACUGUGACAUCAGUCGCCGACGUCCACGUCUCUGCUGAAUCUGAAUCAUGUGAUAAAAACCGAACAGUGCCAUCUGUUGAGGAGUUAGAAAACCAGCGGGAGCUCUCGAAAGCUUAUGAUAAAGAACAUGCGUCGUCUGCAGCUGACGAACAUGUUUAUGACCCAGUGGCACCCCCUGAGGAACCUGAUUAUGACCAAGUGCCUGAAAUGGUGUCGCAUAAAUCUUCUGAUAAGCGCUCCUCCGAGAUCAAUGCCCGAAGUUCUGUGAUUGGUCUAAAUCCUGAUGAACUUACUGCGAGUCAGCUGAACCUGUCGGCCAAACACCGCGACAUUGUCACAGCGCGGAAACAAGAACAGGAAAUAAGCCAAAAGGAAAAAGAGCGAUUGGACGAGAUUCUGAAAAUGUGCGCCGAGUAUGAAAAACAAAUUGAAGAGGUGGAAUGUAAUACCCUUAAACGGAAAAAACAGAAUAAAGAUUUCAAGGAAAUGACCGCAGUGGUUGAGGGAAAACCUGAACCUGUCGUUAGCCAGGCGUCCGGCUCGCUGGAGCGCAAGGAAAAGGAGACGCGGGGCUCAAUGACUAAAAUCAAAACUAACGGUUCGUUGACGAUGAUUUCUUCGCCGACUACACCGCAUAAAGAGGGCGUUGUGUUCGAUUUUAAACAUCGUCGCCGCGGAUCGAAUUCUUCUGUGUCCGAGGACGACGAGGGUAUGGAUACGAUUAAGAAACGUCCUGCGAUGGGUACGAGCGCUGCGACGUCGGACGCAGGGAUGAAGUCGCCGACGAGGAAGCCACACGAAGUUGAGCAUGCUCAGAUCGCGUCGCUGAGUAUGAAGCUGAAGGAACAACAAGGAGGGAAGGUAUCGCCAAAGACGGUGAUGGGAAGUCAAAAUGUGGUUCAGGUCGAAGUCCACCACUCGCCCAAACCAAUAGACCAAGUGCCUCAAACUUCACCAAAAACUCCACAACUUCCACCUAGUAAGAAAUCUGAUCUGACUGUCCCCUCGACCAGGUCUCCGCUAACUUCCCCGCGGUUGGGUCCCAAGUCGCCACGGCAACAUGAUUCAAGGUCACCGAGGAUACAGAGGUCGCCGCGAUGGAUGGGAGGAAUGCCUGGAUCGCCGCUGUCGUCUUCUGUUGAUCACGAUAUGGGAUUCGUCUUCCCGGCACGACAUACCGAGAUUGAGGAGUCCGAUAUGCAGAAACACAUCGAGAAGAUGAGCCAAACUAAAAACAAUCUCAUCCACCGUGUGGCACAACUCAGGCAACAGAUCCUAGAAAUUGAAUCGCAGCAGACGGAGGCAAUAAGAGAGCUGGAGAUGGAACGUGCCUUACUGGAGGGGGAGCACAAGGUGGAACUAGAGGAGUUACAAGCGGACCAAGAACAUAUAAACAUGCUCAAACAGCGUCAAUGGGAGCUGAUAGACAUAGCCACUGCUGAACGGGAAAAGGAGGUCUAUAUCCUACGGAAAAAACGAGAGGAGAAAUUGAAGGAAAUGGAGAAAAUGGACCAAGAACGCCAAAAACUGGCCGAGCUAGAAUCUCAGCUCCAGGUCAUAAAAGAUAAACUUGAUGCACCCGAUACUCAAGACAAUGGGGACGAGAAUGAGGAGACGCUGCAGGACGAGUAUAAAACACUCAGGGACCAGAUUGAACAACAAAAACGUGUGUUUGACGAUUUAGAAUUCCAGCAAUUAGAGGUCGAGACCAAGUUUGAGGAAGAGCGGGAACUCGUCCAGCAGGAGUUGUUCAAGCAGCAAGGCAGCCUGCUCGAGAAAUAUAAGGAUCGAGAGUGUAAUGCAUGUGACGCAGAUGAAGACAGUCCUGAUGGUGAACGUCUGCAGCAGAUUGAUCAACAACAACGCGACAUGCUGCAACAGGCCAAGAUCGACAUCGAGAGUCUCGAGAAGAAGCGACAAAGAUUGCUCGAGGAUUUCCGACGGGAGAAGAUGCGUCUUGCCGUGACCGAGAGACGAAUUAAGGAGUUAUCGCGUAUUUGUCUUGUCCACCCGGAGAAUAAUAACGAUAUUUUGCCCGAGAUUGCUGGGACGUCCGACUGUGAUGUCGAGAAACUUGAGGACCCCUCAAACAGAUCCAAUACAGAUUCCUUAAACGAGGAACUGAUCCAGAAGAUCCACAAAGAGGGCAUGGUCGUGGACUUGGGCGGGACGGGCGAGAGGAAGGUGUCGACCGGUAUGAUUGAAGUAGAGAAAAAUAGGUUUCUUAUAUUAGAGCAGCAAGGAAAUACUGUGAUAGAAGAACAGAAGAAAAGAUUAGAUACGUUAAAACGUAAAGCUCAGGAAGAGGUUCGGCAACAGUGGGAAGAGAUGAAAACCAGGGAUGCAAAUUGUAAGAGUUACGGGUCGUUAGAGUCGGAGGAUUCGAGCGUGGCGAGUAGCAGCGAAACGCCGUCGGAUAAGGAUAACAGUCUUAGUAGUGCUGAGGACAUACUUGCACAGAAUCACAGCGAUGGGAUUAAACAUAAUGAUAACCAGGUCAGUCAACCGACCCCAGAAAUGCUAGCGCUGCAGGCCGAGCGGAGGAAAAGGGAGGAACUGGAGCGCCGCCUGUUGGAGGAGACGGCAAAGAGAGACCAGAUCAUCGAGACCGAGGUGAAACGGAGAGAGAAGAAGAAAGAACAGGCUCGCCCACUGACCCGAUACCUCCCGAUGACCGGCCGUGAGUUUGACCUGCGCAACCACAUAACCGAAUGCGGCCACAAUAUCGACAACUGUCAGUUCGUAACGAUCGACGAACACACGUGUCGUGGCUAUCUCACGAAAAUGGGUAACCGGUUCAGAACGUGGCACAAACGAUGGUUUGUCUUCGAUAAACAAAAACGGUCGCUGAUAUAUUACACGGACAAAACCGAGACGAAAUCGCGGGGCGGGAUAUACUUUCAAGCUAUAGAAGAGGUUUACAUUGAUCAUAUGCGGACGAUUAAAAGCCCGAGUCCGAAAUUAACAUUUUGUGUCAAGACAUUCGAACGGACUUAUUUCAUUGUGGCGCCGUCGCCGGAGACAAUGAGAAUAUGGGUGGAUGUGAUUUUCACCGGUGCUGAGGGUUAUACUGAGUUCAUGCAAGUAUGAUGCAUGUCCAGACUUGACGAGUUGUCGCGUGACUCAAAAUAUUAUGAUGGUGCAGCUACUUCUUACUUGCUCAUGUGGCUUGGAGCCCAGAUGUGUAUUUGGAUGUGACUCGAUUUGGAUGCGUCUUGAUUUGGAUGCGUCUUGAUUUGGAUGCAUCCCGAUUUGGAUGCGUCUCGAUUUGGAUGCAUCUCGAUUUGGAUGCGUCUCGAUUUGGAUGCGUCUCGAUUUGGAUGCGUCUCGAUUUGGAUGCGUCUCGAUUUGGAUGCGUCUCGAUUUGGAUGCGUCUUGAUUUGGAUGUGUCUCGAUUUGGAUGCGUCUCGAUUUGGAUGCGUCUCGAUUUGGAUGCGUUUCGAUUUGGAUGCGUCUCGAUUUGGAUGUGUCUCGAUUUGGAUGCGUCUCGAUUUGGAUGCGUCUCGAUUUGGAUGCGUCUCGAUUUGGAUGCGUCUCGAUUUGGAUUCUCCCAUUAGGAUAAAUGGACUCUAGUACACAGUUGGUGCUACUAACAAAAGGUAUCUUUGGGCAAAAUCAAGGCUAUAAAGAAUGGAAUAUGCCAUUAGAAAACAUCAUGCCUAAAUUGACAUGGCUCAAGAAGGAGGCCUCUCUGUGACUGUACCCUCGGAACUGUGACCUGAAAGCCAUGGUGUUUACAAAUGACUUCCCAUUGGUCGACCAUGUGAACUACUGUAAGACAGUUGGCAAAGUUUUGAUACCAAUUUCAUUCCUGUCUAUUUCUAAAAUUACAUUGUGAAUUUCAUUCUUAGAAUUCUCAGGGCUGAGGAUAUGUAGUAGUUUGAAAUAUUUUAGGGGUUUUAUUCUGCGAAUAGUUUAAAGGUAGGCCCAGUGUUCGGCUUUGAUAUGGUUGACAAUGAGCUGAAUAUGAGCUAUGAUGAUUUUCUCAAAACUUUGAUAUCACCGGUAAUACUUUUGAGUAUGAUCAGUCACAGUUUUCCCAUUGAAGUUAUUGUGUAUUGAUUAAAGGAGGGAUAGUGUGGGUUACCCUUGGGCCGGUGCUGUCUGAGAGAUCCAGUUUCUCUUUAAGAAAUAUUGAAGAACGAUAAGAUAAUUACAGUUGACCAUCUGUAUGACAAAGAUUUACGUCCAUGUAUACUGUAAACCAGGAACUUUUUGCGUACGUUUAAAUUUUGCAUUUUCGCCAAUAGCGAACUUUCCAAAAAACAAAGGCAGUGAAACUCUGAUUGAAAUCACUGUAAUAGAGUGUCCUCAAAAUAUAUUGCGCCAAAGAUCCAAUUUCUCAGAACUGUGAGCUAUGAUAACAGAGACUAUUUCCUGGUUUACAGUAACCUACAGUGUAUACAUAAAUAUGCUUGAUUACCAAAAAACAGAGAAAAAAACCACAAAUGAUCUAUAAUUAUUGGUUGCUAGGCAACAGAAUCAACAAUGUAUUGGUUAAUAUUCUCAGCUGCUGACAUGUAAAAUGCUGAUGUGACAAAUAUUAUUGUAAUUAUUCAAAUUUAUUUAUAUCAUGAGAUGCGACUCACUAAUUCUUCAUAUUCUGUUCGUCUUGUAGUGAUGACACUAAUGCUGCCAUCUGUUGUGAAUGGUUGGAACCAAAGUGUUUGUUCCUGGUAAAAGCUUGGAUGCAGAAUAUUCCAUUAUCUAUUGAAGGCCAGAGUUGUACUCUAACUCUAAAACGUUGGAUACUGGCCUCACAUUUGUCCGAUUUUUGCACCUGCGCCCUUUAAUUCCUAAGGAUUACCCUCAGAACACAUAUGUAAACAAUGUAGACAGGUGAACUGCACCUUUAAGGGAAACGAAAAUGUGGAAUUUUUUGACACAUUCAGUGUCCUUGGAACUGAUAAUAUUGUAAAUUCUGAGAAACGUCUGAAAAUCAAUUUUAUGGCAAUGUUUUGUAUCCAAGUGAUCAUAUUCAUAUGACAAGAAUGCUCUGAUCAUAACAUUUAUUUACUUAAACCUUGUACUUUUACUUUACAAAUUGUGAUGAUGCUAAAAAUCAGAUUCUUUGUCCAGGAAAUCAGGAUGACUUCUGGAAUGGGCGCUGCAUGUGAAAUAUUUGUUUCCAGGAGGAAUAAAAAUCAUUCAGUUUCGUAUAGUUUGCUAGGCAAUAGCUUCAGAGGGGAUCUGAUAUUAAAAAUUGUUUAAUUUGAAACAUUUUAAGCACAAAUAUUGUGUUCCAGAAGAAUGGGAAAGUCUCCCAUUUUCAUAUAGUUGAGUUUUAGACUUAAUUGUGUUUUUGACCACGCCUUGCCUUAUUUAGUUAGUUGGAGAUGCCUUCCAAGGGUCAAGUUAAUCGUGGAAGGCUCCCGACAAUUUUUCGAUUUUAGUUUAGUUUUGUUGCCUAGCAACAAAUAGUUGAUUCAGCUAGGUUGGAUAGAAAACAAUUUUCAUUUUUUUUGCCAUUUGAAUAUAUUGAAUCCAGUUGAUUUUGUGCACACUGCAAUAAGUUAUAUUUACACACAAAUAACUUGAGUAUUUUCGGUAAUCUCGUUUGCUAAACAUUGGUAAGAGAUAUCACAAAUUGGUUCAGCUAAAUUAUUCCAUCUACAUGUAGUUAGAAAAUUGGCAUCAGUCAAAUGGUCUUAAGAGCUAAAAAGAUUGUUUUCCAAGAUUCGGAGGCAAGGCAAGUUGGUAAGAGAUAGCACAAAUUGGUUAAGCUAAAUUCUUCCAUCUAGUUAGAAAAUUGGCAUCAGUCAAAUGGUCUUAAGAGCUAAAAAGAUUGUUUUCCAAGAUUCGGAGGCAAGGCAAGUUGGUAAGAGAGAUAUCACAAAUUUUUCCAUCUAGUUAGAAAAUUGGCAUCAGUCAAAUGGUCUUAAGAGAUAAAAAGAUGGUUUUCCAAGAUUCAGAGGUAAGGCACUAAGAAUGUAAUGGGAAAAGCUGGAAGCAGAAAUACCAGUUGUCAUUUUCAUACGAAUGUACAUUGCCUUUUAACCCACGCUUAUUUUGACACAAGGUUUGAACUCUUCAAGGAAUUAGGGUAAAAUUUCUUUCUAAGUUUACUGAAAAAAUUAUUUGUUUUUGGGCCAAUCACUAGACGAUCUAGCGAAUUGGCAUCAAAUUUGGUCCAGCAAUUGAAUUUUUGGUGUUACGGACAAUUUCCUCAGCCUCUUCAGGUGAAAGAAAGGAGGAGGUAUUCCUUGAAGGGUUCACAAUCUUUUUACGUAGACUUUAUAACUAUUUAAAGACUAAAGCGCACUUGGCCCCUAACGAAGAGGUUAUCGGAGUUGGUGUAUUGUAUUACAACGUGAAGGAGUUAUCUUUACGAUUAUCAUCACAGAGUAUUGUCAUAAAAAACAUGGCGUUGAAUUCAUAAAAGUAUCCAAGGCAUCAAAUUGACCUAUUGAAAAUGCAAAUUCAGGGACUCAUAUACAACAUAUGAAACUUUGAAUCAGGCCCUGAAUAUGCCUAUUCAGUAAAGAUGGUCUUCUCAACGCUUUCAUGAAUUCAGCCCAUCCGAUUUAUCAUAUAACUUCGCAUUUAUUCUCAUCAGAAUACCAUGAUUAUGUAAAUAUUAAAAUUUAUAAACUUUUUUGUAUUAUGCCUCUUAAUUCAAAUAAAUGCUUUCACUACUUA